CCCUGCGUCUCUCACAGCUCACUCGUGCAUACAUGGAAGUCGACGCGACGUCACUCGCACGAUCGCGAUUAUUAACAUGGGCGAUGAAGCGGCGCCGGCGGAUGUCACGUUCGGACGUUCACGCCGAGAUACGUUACACGUUUGACAGAGUGGGGAUUGGGUCGCGAGAGAGGGGGAAUCUGAGGUUCGGGGAGCUCGCGGCCGUUCGCGCGCGCGAGAAAUCGGCAUUAACUUCGAUUCUCGUCGAGAUCAGCUGGCAGCCGAGAGAUACGCCCGCUCCGCUUUGCUCUGACGUCGCGCCACGCUGUGACGAAGCCACGACACGAUGCAUGCGGACCCGUCGCAUCGCACCGCGCGGUGACGACGGCGAUGACGACGACGACGACACGCGCGACACGACUGCGCUCUUUUUUUGGUCUGUUUUGACAUUUGGCGAGUCAAUAUGGCGUCAACAUCACAGAUGAGAGUCCGCGAUUCCUCGCGAUUGCCCUAGCGGGAUCGCUCCGCGGAUUCAUAGGCGUGUACGGAUCACGUCGCUCGCGGCGUCGCGGUGACUCCAAAAACGAUCGAGAGACUCUCGCCGUGCGAGCGAAUUCAACGAGCCCGCGGACUCGCGCGCGUAACACCGCGCCUUGUCUCUGACCCCAGCGUGCGACAGGAUUAUGUUCACUCCUUCCCGCUGACGUUCGAUUCUCGUAGGAAGGCACUUAAUUACGCGAGAAAGCUCCUACAACUCUUGCGGAUGAGUUUCACGUGAUAUUUAUUUUGAUAUAUAUCUUCUACGAAAUGUUAAUCUUCUCGCUUUACAUCACAUUGAUGCACUAUGCAAACCCGAGACGCGGGUUACGACUUAUCUAAGGUACGAGAUCGUGAGUACACAAAUGGCCACUUUUUAGGAAGCCGAUAGGACGAAGGGCUAGGAAUUAUUGCACGGAUGACAGCAGAAACAUAAGAUGUUUGAGUCUCCGAGAAGUCUCCAGGAGGUUUGCAUUGACUUUAUCUGUGGUAACGUUCUCGGCUUGUGCAAGGUUCAUCCUAGUGAUACAAAUUCUCCCAAUACUCUGAGUAAUAGUAUUGUCUCCGAUCAACGAGAUAACUGUAUAUUAAACAGUAAUAGCACAAAUGUUGCUUUUAAUACUGCAACAGGUAGAACAUCGUCUAACGAUGCUUCCUCCAGUUCUGCAACUCGACUUACAUUUAGACAUCCGGAUGCCUUCUUGCCAGCCGAGGUAUCAGAGCAAUUACUAUCCAACCUAUGUGAGAAGAAAACGUUAUCCGAUUUAACAAUUACACUUUUCGACUCCAAGACCACCAGAUUAAGGCAUGUACGGUUGAAAGAUGCGUCAACAUUAUCAGCUAAAGGUUUAAGCGUUCUUAAGCAACAUAAAAUUGUAGAUUUAAUAGUAAAUGGGCUGAAGAUUACUGUUAACGAUUUAAUCAGUUGUUUAGGCGAUUGGAGUAUACAAAAUCUUAGAUCGCUAAGUGUAGCUAAAGGAAGCUUUAUGGAUUUUUCAAGGUUACAACGCAUGGUAGAUAUCGCAACAUUAAACAAAUUAAAGGCACUUCAUACCUUGAAUGUCUCAGGAACAGAAUUUAAUAAACAUGGCUUGGACAUAGUAGUCGAAGAUCUUCCCCUUUUAGAGAGCUUAGAUAUAUCUUGUACAAGAGUUGAUGAUAUAACUCCGUUAAAAAAAUGUAAAGAUCGUUUAAAGACAUUAAAUAUGUACAAUUUAAAGAUAAGCGGAUGUGGAAAUUUAAUACCAGUAUUGCUGGAACUGAACGAAUUAAGGCAUUUAGACAUUUCCGAUGAAAAAGAUCCACAUGGCUUUGAGGUUUUUGCACCUGCUAAGCCUAAAAUAACGGACUUUCUCAGAACUUUGAAUUGUAUGCCUUAUUUAGCAACUCUUGACUUAUCAGGUAAAGAUGAUAUAAAUCCGAAAGAUUUAAGAAAAUUUAUCGCAUCACAUGUACAUUUGAAGUUUCUGGGAUUGGUGCAUUCUGAUGCUUGUUACGAUGAAAGUUUUAUAGAUUCAAAUCAUGAAGAUUAUAGACCUGAACUUGUUAUCAGUGGUACAGCAACAGAGUCUCAAAUUUUGGAAGCCCUUAGAAGAUACACGUACAGACCAAUAUAUCUUCAAAAAUGUCUAUUUAACUUAUUCCGUUUGACUCCAAACUUUCUUGAACCACGAGUCGAUGUGAUAAAAUUAGUGUUACCUGGAAUGAGAGAGCACCCACAGGAGUUUCGUGUACAAAUGGCAGCUACUGCAUGUAUCUAUAAUCUCACAAAGGGUGAAUUAGCUCUCAUGAUACAUCCAUCAAUACUUAAACAAAUAGUCGAAUUAACAUUAUUAGCAAUGGAAUCAUAUCCAACUAAUCAUCAACUUCAAAAGAAUACGCUGUUGACCCUGUGUAGCGAUAGAAUCUUACAGGAUGUUGCAUUUGACAAAUAUAGAUGCGCAAGAUUAGUUAUGAAUUGCUUGUCAACGUUCGAUGAUGCAUCCAUGAAUCGUAUGUCUGUGGCAAUUUGCUCAAUAUUAGCAGCAAAAAUAUCGACUUUGGAAACAUCUAUGCUUGGUGCACAACCGCAAUAUAUGUUGAAACUGCUUGCAAUGGUUAGAUCUAAGGUCGAGUCCAAAUUAGUAGAUAUUACAAUGAAAUUUACAUUAAGUGCUCUGUGGAAUUUAACGGACGAGAGUGCUGCUACAUGCAAAGUUUUUCUUGACGAAGGUGGAAUGGAAUUAUUUCUUGAGGUACUGGAUAGCUUCCAAGGAGAGUCUAGUGUAGAAACAAAAGUUCUUGGUUUGCUAAACAAUAUAGCUGAGGUCGAUCAUUUAAGACCACGUCUUAUGCAAUCUCGGUUUAUAAAAAUGCUUUCUAUGCUGCUCGAUUCCGAACACAUUGAUGUUUCUUAUUUCGCAGCUGGUAUUGCUGCGCAUCUGCUUAGUGAUGGUCCUCGAUCUUGGUGUAGCAUGCCAUCACAGCCAAGUAGGGAACAGUUGUUAGAUCAACUGGUUCAUGCUGUAACCCAUUGGCAAACACCACAAGGAGAGAUGGUUGCCUAUCGUAGCUUUCAACCAUUUUUCCCAUUGUUACGUUGUACAGAUGCAUAUCCUGUUCAACUCUGGGCAGUAUGGGCAAUUCAUCAUGUAUGCACAAAAAAUCCAAAACGUUAUUGUGUGAUGUUGAUAAGAGAAGGAGGAGUAGAAACUUUAAAACAAUUGGAAAAAACACAUACAGAAUAUACAACACAACCAAAUUUGCAAAGUUUAUGUCAAUCGAUUUUGGAAACACUUGAAUUAAAUUCUUAACGAUAGCUGUUGCUUUUCAAUUUGAAAGUUAAAUACCGCAUGGUAUACUAGUCAAUGUUUAUCUUAGUGCAAUCCUAUAUCCUAUAUUCUUUAGACCAAAUGAAUAUAAAAAUUAUAUGGCCAUGAAUAAUUAUAUCAUAAAGACAGACUGCAAUCAACAAAACACACAAUACACAAAAUCAGUUAAGUCCGAAA